CGCGCGUGCGCUGCCCACCGCAGGCGACCGAGGGGACAGAUUACAUGAAAUGUCCAGGCACACGUGGCAAAAUUUCAACAAGCACCCAACGCGCGAGAUUGUUAACGACUGUUCAGAACUUGAGUUCCCUAAUCGCACCAUGUUAUUCGUAGGAAUCACAAUCUCGGGUCACUCGAAGGGCACACGUCCUUCGUGCACACGCGGGGUGCGCUGGAAAUGACCCGUCAACGUCACCCAAGGUUAUGGGAGCAGAUUGUCAGUGACAUCGACCCGUGGCCUGCGGCAAACCAAACGACACCGCAUCGGACAACGCGCGGCCUCUUGGAGAGUGCGCGAUGGGUGAUGGUGGGCAGCGAUCGAGUGCACGUACAAUCUACUACGCACGGCAAGCAGGGACGACGUCAAAGGCAUGGCUCGAUCCCUUCCUAAGCACGCGUACAUACUAUGCGGCAACUUGGACUGGUUCGGCGUAAGGUGGAGCAUGCACUUCGUGUCAUUCCCUGCGUGCAAUCGCAUCGCCAGCACUAGCG